AUGAUCCAGUUGUUUUCUUCCGCCGUUGUGAUCCUAUCUCUCAUCAGCAUUUUAUGUAUUCUCUCUUUUCAUAUUCUGACUGUAUCUAUCAUUUCUGUUUUUCCAUUAUCUAUCUAUCUAUCUAUCUAUCUAUCUAUCUAUCAUGAACUUGUCACAUAUUCUGCCUUUUCAUAUUCUGUUUACGUCUGUCAUUUCAUGUCUAUCUAUCUAGCUAUCUAUCUAUCUAUCUAUCUAUCUAUCUAUCUAUCUAUCUAUCUAUCUAUCUAUCUAUCUCAUUCAUUCCAAAUCUAUCGUCUUUCUUUCGGCUUUUCCUCUUCUUAUCAGUUUAGAAUUAUUCAACCAGCUUCCGCACACACAGACCGUCAAUCUAUGACCUUUUCCGCCUCGUCUCUUCCCUUGUCUAUUCCUGUUUUCCUCACUCACCUAUUUGAGUCACCCUCUCGGAAAUGUAUUCAUUAUGGCCUCCUCGGGCAAAAAUGGCUAACGUCCGCAGAUUUUUUUUUUUCUUUUUCAAUAAUUCUUUUCCAAUUUGUGUUUCUUUCUCUAUUUUUUUCUUUUUCGGUUCUAUCUCACCCGUUCUUUCUCUUCCAUCCGUAUAUCUCCCCUCUACUCACGACCUCUUUUCUUUCUUUCUUUCUUUUCAAAAUAGCUCUCUUUCUCGUUAUUUUUCGUAAUGCCUUUCAUCUAACAUAUUUUUUUUCUUUUUUAUUUUAUUUUUCUUUAAAAAAAUCUUAUAUUUUCUUUUUUAUAUAUUUCUUUUUUUAUUAUUCAUUUCUUUUCUUUUCCUCCCCUUUUCUCUUUUGGUUCUUUUCCUCCCCUUUUCUCUUUUGGUUUCUUUUCCUUAUCUUAGGAGGAUGGAGAGCGAUCCUUCCUUCCUUCUUUUUUUUCUUUCUUUCUUUCUUUCUUUCUUUCUUUCUUUCUUUCUUUCUGUUGUAUUUCCUAUUUUGUAUCUUUUUAUUGUAUGUUUCUCUCUGUCUUUCUCCUAUCUUCAAUAUUUUCUUUCAUUUUUCUAAUUUCUUUCAUUUUUAUUGCACUUUUCUUUCUUUGUCUUCUUCUUUCUAUUUGUUAUCUUUUUCUUUCAUUUUUCUUUCUUUUUUCUUACUUUCUUAUUUGAUAUUUCUCAUUCUUUUCGUCUUUCUUUUUCCAUUUCUUUUUCUACUGCGUCUUUUCUUUAUUCUUCUUUAUUUUUAUUUUACUUUUUUAUAUUUCUUUCUUUUUUGUUUACUCUUCUGUGUCUUCUAUUUCGUUUUCUCUUUCUUUCUUUCUUUCAUUCUUUCAUUCUUUCUUUCUUUCUUUCUUUCUUUCUUUUGUUUUCUUCUAUAUCUUUUCUUUCUUUCUUUCUUUCUUUCUUUCUUUUGUUUUCUUCUAUAUCUUUUCUUUCUUUCUUUCUUUCUUCUGUAUCUUUCCCAUCUUUCAUUCUUUCUUUCUUUCUUUCUUUCUUUUGUUUUCUUCUAUAUCUUUUCUUUCUUUCUUUCUUUCUUUCUUCUGUAUCUUUCCCAUCUUUCUUUUCUUUUUUUUCUUUCUUUUGUUUUCUUCUAUAUCUUUUCUUUCUUUCUUUCUUUCUUUCUUCUGUAUCUUUCCCAUCUUUCUUUCUUUCUUUUUUUCUUUCUUUCUUUAUUUCUUUCUUUCUUUCUUUUGUAUCUUUCUCAUCUUCCUUCCUUCCUUUCUUUCUUUCUUACUUCUGUAUCUUUCCCAUUCUUCUUUCAUUCUUUUCUUUCUUUCUUUCUUUCUUUCUUUUGUAUCUUUCUCAUCCUUCCUUCCUUCCUUCCUUCCUUCCUUCCUUCCUUCCUUCCUUUCUUUCUUUCUUACUUCUGUAUCUUUUCCAUCUUUCUUUCUUUCUUCUGUAUCUUUUCUAUCCUUCUUUCUUUCUUUCUUUCUUUCUUUCUUUCAUUUGUAUCUUUUCCAUCCUUCUUUCUUUCUUCUGUAUCUUUCUUUCUUCUGUAUCUUUCUUUCUUUCUUUCUUUCUUUCUCUAUUUCUUUCCUCUCUACCCUCGCUAUUUCCCUUUUGAGAAAGCAGACGAUUUACUGGCUUCAGGAAAUUCCUCUGCCUACAGAAGAACUUCUUCUUCUACUUCUUCCGCUUCUUCUUCUUCGUCUUCUUCUUUUCUCUUCCUCCUCCUCCUCCCACUUCUUCUUCUUCUUCUUCUUCUUCUUCUUCUUCUCUUCCUCCUCCUCUUUCUUCUUCUUGUCUUCCUCCUCCUCUUCUUCUUCUUCUUCUUAGUCUUCUUCUUCUUCUUCUGCUUCUUCUUAGUCUUCUUCUUCUUCUCUUCCUCCUCCUCUUUCUUCUUCUUGUCUUCCUCCUCCUCUUCCCUCUCUUCCUCUUCUUCUUCUUCUUCUUCUUCUGCUUCUUCUUCUUGUCUUCCUCCUCCUCUUUCUUUUUCUUGUCUUCCUCCUCCUCUUCCCUCUCCUCCUCAUCUUCUUCUUCUUCUUCUUCUGCUUCUUCUUCUUCUUCUUGUCUUCCUCCUCCUCUUCCCCUCCUCCUCUUGCUUCUUCUUCUACUUCUUCUUAGUCUUCUUCUUCUUCUCUUCCUCCUCCUCUUUCUUCUUCUUCUUCUUCUUCCUCUUGUCUUCCUCCUCUUCUUCCCUCUCCUCCUCCUCCUCCUCCUCCUCCUUCUUCUUCUUCUUCCUCCUCUUUCUUCUUCUUCUUCUUGUCUUCCUCCUCUUCCCCCUCCUCCUCCUCCUUCUUUUACAUGCUGUAUCCCUUAAAGAAGAGAAACGGCUUGCGGCCAUAUUCUUCCCCUCCUGGGUUACAGUAACCACCAAAAUAGAAACAAACUCUCAAGAAAUUUACAUAUUGAUAUAA